AUUUACUAGUUUUUACUGGAAGAUAUAUUGUUCCUGUUACUUUUUUUAUAACUUUAGUGAGUAAAGCUAAGUAGCUAUAAGUCCGUAUUCUUAAUAAAUAAGCAGGAUUUAACCUGAUUAAUACUUACUAAUUCCCCUUCUUGAAAUUUUGUGUAGUAAGAUUUCCACUUAUUCCUCCAUAUACCUCAUAAGUCUUUAUACUUUUUUGUUGUUGUUACUCUUGAGUUUUUGGACUCCUUCUGUAACUUAUUUCAAACUAUCGUAUGUAUAAUUAUGUAAUAUUGCUAUAAUUCUGAGGUACUGCAGUGAAAUUGGAGCUUUCUAGUAGUUAGCAUUCUGGUACACCUUGGCUUCUCUCAUAUCUAUAUUAGAGAAGGUGCCAGAAAAAGAUACCUAAAACUUCCUAAUUCUAAAGGAAAAUAGCUUCUAAACAUCCAACAAAUAGAUUAUGUACGACCAAAAGAGAUGAAGAAAAGGUGGUUAAUCCUCACACAGUACUCUGCUGGCUUGUUACACUGAACGAAAAAGUUAUCAGAUUGUUUCCUAAUUUGUUUCAUAAGCCCUUCUUAUGUGAAACCGGAAAAGUGGGGAAGAAGAGAUAAGAAAGACUAGUGACAGGGAGAAAAAGGACCACAAUAACCUUUAUUCAUCCAGGUCUUGUGGUUAUAUAAGUAGCAAUUUGAUCCUUAAGUGAACCAUAUUCUGACAGGACAGAGGCCAACUCUGUUCUCUGGACAGCCAAAAAAGCCACUAACACCAUGAAGGUUUCUAUCACUAAGGUGUGGAGGUAAAAUGGCAUUGCCAUAGCUGGUGAUUAAGGAAAGGGUAAUAGUCACUGUAUUAUAACUUAUUAAGUUUCAGCUAAAAGAACCUUCUGUUAGAGAUAAAUGGAUACAGGAGGAGGUGGAAUGUGGGGCUAUUUGUACAAAUGAUACCUCAGUAGUUCUUUUAGGGUGCCACUCUGAAGACAGUAUUUUAGAAGGGUACUAAAAGUAAUAGUACAGUAAAAGCAAUUUCCUGUACGUCCCAUAGCCUGUAUGAUUUGUAUCUGUACUAUCAUGUGAUUCUGAUUAGUGGUAAUUAUAUGUUCUUUAUAUUUCAUAACUUAUCACCAUUUAAGAUGGUUUCUUGGGUUGGACCCUGUGGCACUUUGUUUACUUUAAUCUUUUUUCUCCUACAAUUUUCUAAUUGCAAAAACAUUCUUAGAAAUUAUUCUUUAUAUUCCAUUUAAGAUGUCAAAGUAUAUAGGACCUCUGAAAUUUGUUUAAAAAGCAUCAAAGGGCUGGGGUAUAGCUCAGUGGUGGGGUGGUUGCCUACCAUGGACAAGGCUCUGGGUUCUCUCCCCAGCACCAUAAAACAAAACGCCAAAUCUUUAAAGGCCAGUCUUCAGACACUUGGAAAAUACAGAUUUUUUUCAGUAGAGCAAUCCUUUUGGAUUCUUCUGCUCCAAACUUCUGCAAGUUUGUAGUUCACUAACAGGCUGUAUAUGUAUUACUUUUCAGCAUAUAGAUUAACAUUGUGGUGUGAUUGUUGAAUUUGGCAAUAAAAAAAGAUCCGUAACUAAGAAGAAUAUCUUUUGUUUCUGUGGCUUAGGUCAAAUUUACUCUUAAUCAUUUUCUUGGGGUAUAGACUGCUACAGUGAAUAUAUAGACACAGGUAUCAAUUUGACAUAAUGAACUUUUUUGCUUCCCCUCAGAACUUAGGUAAUCAUUUUUGCAUUAUUUAAAUAUGGAAAAUUGAGUUUGCAGCUGUUGAUUUUAAUGUGAUAGCCCAAAAUACAGAAGCACAUUCUGAUUACCAUAAAAUAGAGCUGUCUUACCACAACAGUAUUAUGGCCCUCAUUAAGGUUAUUGUGUGUUACAUUUAGAACCAUUUUGAUAAAGCACUUUUUGGGGGAUAUUGAUACUUAUUAUGAAAUAUUGCUUUAUUUUUAUUUUCAGGAAAUAAAUGAACCGAUGUACAGUACAGAAAAUAUGAGCCAGAUUGGCCAAUCCACCUGAGCAAAAAUAAGGAUAGUUAAGAGCAUGCAUAAUCAAUGUACACUCGGAGAAACUGGUAGUCUGGGUAGAUUCAAGGCAUCUUUAAGUGAAAACGUCUUGGGGAGCCCCAAGGAACUGAUGAAGUUAAGUGUGCCAUCGUUAGUAUAUGCUGUUCAGAACAACAUGGCUUUCCUAGCUCUUAGCAAUCUGGAUGCAGCAGUAUACCAGGUGACUUACCAGUUGAAGAUUCCCUGUACUGCUUUAUGUACUGUUUUAAUGUUAAACCGGACACUCAGCAAAUUACAGUGGAUUUCAGUUUUUAUGCUAUGUGGUGGAGUCACACUUGUACAGUGGAAACCAGCCCAAGCUACAAAAGUUGUGGUGGAACAGAAUCCACUAUUAGGGUUUGGCGCUAUAGCAGUUGCUGUAUUGUGCUCAGGAUUUGCAGGAGUGUAUUUUGAAAAAGUCUUAAAGAGUUCAGACACUUCCCUUUGGGUGAGAAACAUUCAAAUGUAUCUAUCAGGGAUCGUUGUGACAUUAGUUGGCGCCUACUUGUCAGAUGGAGCUGAAAUGAAAGAAAAAGGGUUUUUCUAUGGUUACACAUAUUACGUCUGGUUUGUUAUCUUUCUUGCAAGUGUUGGAGGCCUCUACACUUCUGUUGUGGUCAAGUACACAGACAACAUUAUGAAAGGCUUUUCUGCAGCAGCAGCCAUUGUCCUUUCUACCAUUGCUUCAGUGAUGCUCUUUGGAUUACAGAUAACACUUACCUUUGCUCUAGGUACUCUUCUUGUAUGUGUUUCCAUAUAUCUCUAUGGACUACCUAGACAAGACACUACAUCCAUCCAACAAGGUGAAACAGCUUCAAAAGAGAGAAUCAUUGGAGUGUGAUUUGAGCCUCAGGAGAGAGUUCUACUAUGACUAAACCAUUUGCAUUAAACUAGAGCCUUAAGUCAAUCUUGGAAGGUAGCUUAAACAGAACAAAUUAACGGUAUGGCAUGAGAAUUAAGAAGAAAGCUGUAUGAAUGAACUGUUAAUACAGAGAUUUAAUGUGGGCCUGUUUGGGGUCAAGCUGUUUUAGAAUGAAGGAAUUGUUUUACUGUAUAUAUAAAUAAUGUAUAUAAAAAGUAUGGAGAUGAUAUGGUUUUAAAAUCAUGUGAAGCUACAAUAUUCAAGUAAGAAGGUAUGGGAAAAUGUUCAAGGGUUAAAGUGCCAAAGCUAUUUCUGUACUAACUGUUGUCUUGUUCAGGUACCAGGGAGAAGGAUGGCCCUUCCUUGUUCUCCAGUUCAUGUACAAUAUUGUGCCCCAGCAGCAGUAGAGACCUAGCUCUUCAAAGAGGCAGAAAACAGACAGGCUAGUUGAGAAAUAAACGGGAUGUGUAACUUCUCAAAUGGAAUCUGUUUCCUAACUCAGACAAUGAUUUCUAGGUGGUGACUGAGUACUCCUUUAGAGCUGUAUUUGUGCCAUUCAUUGUCUGGUUCAUAUUUCUUUCCUCUUAGAUGAUGUACUUUUUUUCAAAAAAAUUUCUAAUGUCACUUUUAUACUUUUUUUUUUAUAAAGUAUGGUUAAAUGUUGGGCUCUCAAAAAUUUGUGAAAUUUCAGUGUUUUUAAAAAAAUUUCUAUGAUUGGGAAAUUCAGCAAUAAACUUAUUUA